AUAUCAUAAUUAUUGGCUUGCCCAGCCAGCUGCCUUCUCUCACCUGAUGUAAGAUCAGAUCUUUCCAGCCUUUGGAGCCUCUGCACCGCUGAGCCUCCACUCUCUCUGCAGGGCUGUUUGAAUGACCUAAUCCUGUCCUGGAGCAGCACCACGCCGUUGUGCUUCAGUAGAAAGGAUUUCUGCCUGACGUGGCUUUGGUGAUGGUUUCACUACUCCAGGACCAAUCCAAUAUUAAAUUUUCUCCUUCGGACCCUCUGGAAAGGGACCAGCAGGACCUCAUGAAGGCACAGGGGGAUUCAAUAUCCCCAGUUCAGCCAAGUGAUAACCCCAGUUACAGCUGCCAACCCUACGAGCCAGACACCAGGACAGAAAGGAAGAGCUCAGAAUCCUCCCACAGCCCCAGCCCUGCUUCCCCAUCCCAGGAUCCAAUCCACAGCAGGUACCCUGCCAGCCAAGGCAUCCCCUGUGGCAAGAACAAAUUCAAGGCAUCCUUCAGCACGGAAAAAUUCCGGCGCUGCAGCUACGAGGAGAGCGCAGCCGGGAGCUACGACCGGUUCCUCAGGAGCAGCAGGAACCCCUUCCACCCUUACAAGAGGCAGAUCAGCGAGGAUGUUUUCCAAGAAGCACACCAGGCCCUGCCACCAGAAGCUUCUCCCUUCAAGAAUCACGGGAGCAUCGAUGGCUUCGAGGCUCUGCCGGGACCUGCGGGUGCCGAGGAGCCGGAGGCGUUUUCCACCCACAUCCCAAAUAUCUCCGGGGAGCAGCCGUGGUGUGACAGCCUCCAGUACAGCACCACGGGCCAGGAGCACGGCUCUCAGGUCAUGGAUUCAGACAUGAAGCUCAGGACAUCCCCCCUGGAAGGGCAGCCUGGUUUGUAUUGCUACCAGCCCCAGCAGAUGUAUUGCCCCUCACACUCUUUCCAUCAGUACCCCUCAGGUGGCAGCUACCCCGUGACUUACAUCACCUCCUCGCACUACCCCUACCAAAGGAUUGCUCCUCAAAGCAGCCAAGAGUCUCAGCAGCCUCUGUUUCCCAAACCCAUCUACUCCUACAGCAUCCUGAUCUUCAUGGCUCUCAAAAACAGCAAGACAGGGAGUUUGCCAGUCAGUGAGAUUUACAAUUUCAUGACAGAACACUUCCCUUACUUUAAGACAGCUCCAGAUGGCUGGAAGAAUUCCGUGCGCCACAAUUUGUCUCUGAACAAGUGCUUUGAGAAAGUCGAGAACAAGUCAGGGAAUUCUUCUCGGAAGGGCUGUUUGUGGGCUCUGAAUCCAGCCAAGAUUGACAAGAUGCAGGAGGAGCUUCAGAAAUGGAAGAGGAAAGACCCAGUUGCUGUGAGGAAGAGUAUGGCAAAGCCAGAAGAACUUGACACGCUGAUAGGCGACAAGAGCGAGAAGCUGCGCUCGCCGCUGCUGUCCUGCAGCCCCCCGGGCGCUGCAGGCGCGUCCCUCUCCAGGCAGAUGGCAGCGCAGCCCCACUCCCUGUGCGAGCCCUCGCUGUGCCCCGCGGUCCCGCAGGGCUUCCACGGCAUCCCCGCCCCGGCAGCUCUGCACGCCAAGAGCCCCCUGCCCGCCCUGCUGGGGGGGCAGCAGCCGGGAUGCUUCACACCCCCCCAGGGCUUCCCCCAAAUGCCCACCGCGCUGCUGCAGCACCCGCAGGACCCUCCGAGCCUGUUCGCCGCUGGGGAGGCUCAAAGCCAGCUCCGGACUCAGCCCAGCAUCCCUCAGGACUCGCCAGUGCCGGCUCAGAGCCCCCCGAGCUGCGGGAUCAAGAUGCUGCCCGAGCACUCCCCGGCCAGGACGGUGCAGGACUCGCUGCUGCAGGAGGGAGACCUCAGCAACGACAUCGACGCUCUGAAUCCGUCCCUCACUGACUUCGAUCUCCAGGGGAAUCUUUGGGAGGAGCUGAAAGACGACAGCCUCGCCGUGGAUCCCCUUGUCCUCAUUUCAUCCUCCCCGAUGCCCUCGCAGUGUUUUCCCUCCCACUGCCAGCUGGAGAGCAGCAGCAGCAGCAGCAGCAGCGUCCCCGCCGGGGCCGGGGGCGCGCACGGGAGCGCGCCCGAGCUGCAGCUCACCACGCUCUACUCGGCUUUCAUGGAGCUGGACACGCUGUCCCCGUCCUACCUGAGCAGCCCCGGCUCCAAACCCAUCGCGCUGAUGUGAACCACACCCCAAAUCCCCCCCGAUGCCAGCCCAGCCCAGAGCAUCACGCUGAGCGAUGGUCCAUGGGAAGAAGAAUUUUUUUCUUUUUGUUGUCGUUGUUGUUCCCAGAAAUCGCCCGCAGGAUAUGUAG